GAGAUAGCUGAGGAAAUGUCCUACGUUGAUGUUGUCGCUGUGGAGGUGUCGGAGCCGCGGGCGCGCUUGACAGACGAGCUCAAGUUUUCAAUCACCUUCCAAUGCAAGAUCAAACCAGAGCAAGCAGAUUUGGCAUGGAGAAUCGUUUGGGUAGGCUCAGCAAAGAACGAAGUUCAUGAUCAGAUUCUGGAAGAGGUGGACGUCCCCCCAGAGCUCGGGUUGAACUCCUUCGAUUUCAUCUGCGAUGGUCCAAACCCCGACAAGAUUCCUGCCGACGAGGUCUUGGGUGUCACUGUAGUCAUGGUGCAGGCGCUGUACAAAGGCAAGGAGUUUCUGAGGGUUGGUUACUACGUCAAGGUGGAUUAUACUGAUGAGAAGCUGCGAGAGGAGCCACCGCAGGUUGAACGUCCUGAUCCUGCGCUGUUGGAGCGACUGAUCUUGACCGAUGAGCCACGAGUCACUCGAUACCUCAUCGAGUGGGAUAGUUGUAAUGCUGCCUAUUCCGAGGAAGGGAACAGUGGUGAACAAACCAAUGAUUCGGAGACUGUGCUGGAGGAAGUGAAACCAGAAGCACAGGUCAUCACCAGUUGA